AUAGUAUAUUUUAGGAAUUUAAGUUGCGGUCACACCGCAGCAAUUGCUCACAAAAAACAAUGUGAAAACGAAAUUUGUGUUGAAUGGUUGUUGUGUCGCGUCGCGAGUGUCGCAAAUUCGGAGAAUUUUCUACCCACAUCUAUUGCAAAUACCAAACGACUAAGCAAUAUCUUUUGCCAAUUUCAAGAUCAAUUGCAACCGCGCGCUGCACCAGCCGAUUAGAGAAAUAAUAUCGACUAGUGAUACCUUUCCGGGCCGCUCUCAUAAUCUACCGCAGUGAAGCUGAACGCCAACAACAAAAAGAAAAAACAACAGCAAAAUUUGCCGUCAUCGGAGUAAUUACCUUAAAUAGUUUGUAAACGCCAUGUCCGAUACGGGCAAAUCAAAUAAUAAUGCCGCCAGCUCGGGGAGUGCUGCAGGUGAGGCCGGCGACAUCACUCCUAUUCCCACACCGACAACGACAACACCACGCAGCAGCAGCAAUCACAACAACAACAACAGCAACAGCAGCAAAUUGAAAUCCACACAAAACAGCAGCGGAGGUAGCGGCAGCAUAGACAAACUAUCACCGGAUCAGGAUAUUUAUAUCAAUGCAGCCGACGGCUUACCCAGCCAGCAUCCAACGUUGCCACCCGAGGGGGAUGUGGAUAGCGAAACGGAGCCGGAGGUGGAUGCUGAUUCGUUUGAUGAUUUGCCCACAUCGAUAAUUGUGACCAACAUACACUCGGAGGUGUUUGCCAAUCCGGAAUUGAAGCAUGCCAUGGAGGAGCUAUUUCGCACAUUCAGCGAGUCGGCAACUUUUCAAUGGUUGCGCAGUUUCCGCAGGCUGCGUGUGAACUAUGACAAUGCCAUUGCAGCAGCUAAUGCACGCAUCAAGCUUCAUCAGUAUGAGUUUAACAAGAAGACCGUGAUCACCUGCUACUUUGCACAGCCGGUGACACCGGUGAACAACAAGAAUUUACAGCCGCCGGCGCCGGUCAAACAGUUCCUUAUUUCACCGCCCGCAUCGCCGCCAGCGGGCUGGGAGCCACGCGAGGAGGCCGAGCCUUUGGUCAAUCACGAUCUGCUUGCGGCCUUGGCCAGUCUGACGCCCGGGGAAUCCCAUGAGUUGCAUCCACAGAGCGAGGAUCAGCCAGCCAUUAUUGUACACACGGCCAUGCUGCCCGAGGGGACAGUGCCCGGUGGAGUCUCUUCUCUGCAACCCAAGGCGCCCAUUGUGCAGACCAAGUGCCCAGAGCGUGCAUAAGCGACAGCUUGAAGUUGAGAACUGCACUUCAGUCGGUUGAUGGAGAAUUAAAGAGAGAGAGAGAGGUGUCCAACGCCCCACGCCCCAAAACACACUGAGCAACGUUUUAGAUGGCCAAUGUCCAAAUGGGUUGCAGUUGACCUGAUGAUGGAUGAUGAUUUGUAAAUGGGAUAAUCGGUUGGUCAAUUGGACCUGGUGACCACCACCUGGGGUUCUCAGCCUUGUGGUUGAGUAUUUUUUGUGUAAAUAAUUUUAAAUAAUUCGAUUGUGAUUAAUUUACAUGUAGCUAUGUUUUGUAUUAAGUAAUCGUAAUCGCUCGCUCACACAUUGUUUUUGUGGAGCUUUUCAUUUGUCCCCCAACUUCCGUGUGUAGCCGCCGAGCAUUUAUCGAUGAUGCAGAAGAUGAUUAGCUUAUCUUAAUGUGCGACAGCGCCAAGUGGAGCUGAAAAUUAAUUAUAGAUGUGUUUCUCGUUUGCAUACGAACUCGAAGUCAAAGUCGCGUUGUUUCUCGCUCUUGGUGUCUUGUUUGUGUACUCGUUGUAUAGCAUAAUAGUACUUGUAUCGAUAUCGAUGUCAGCUACUCGUUACUUGUUACUGUUACUAGCUAUUCGCUGGCAAUUCACACAAUAUCUAACUGUACCUUCAUUGUUACGAAACUCUGCAUGUAUUUGUCUGUGUUUAGCAAAAUGAAUUAAACGAAACGGAAGCGGAAGCUGACGCAGAAGCGGAACGGAAACGGAAACUAUAACUAAAAAAAACUUUAUGCGAAAGCCCUCCCCUGCAAGGACAGAUAUGAAUAUGUAUGUUCAGCAAAUUAUAUCUGUGUAUGUAUAUGUAAAUGUUGAUCUAAUUGUAAGCCAGAGAGAACUCAGAUAUCCACAUACUAUAUCUGACUAUUGAAAUACGUAUUGAAAUCUAUUAGUUAUAAUUUGAAAACAGCAGCAAACACAAAGCUAAUGCAAAAUCGAAAUUAUAUUCAAAUUCAAAAUGAUGAAUGUUCUCAAAUGUACCAAAAACAAAAUGAAAAACAAAAACUAAAACAAAUACCAAUUUAAAACGAAGAAAUACAAA